AUGGAGAUACCGAGCUCAGUUGUCAGAAGGAAGCCUCCCAAGAGACCAGAUAACACAGUGGGUCUAUUACCACAGUUACAACAGAUUCGGUCGAAACCUCGGUGGCAUGAAGCGAGCCCAAGCUUUGAGAGACCAGCACAAGAGGACACCCAUGGCUCUUUGCUCUCCAACGUGCAAGGAGCAGGGGUGCGACGGCGGCAGACUUAUCAUCAAAGUCCUCGGCAUGUGAGGACUAAAGAUGGAGGGAUUGGAAGUGGAAGUGUCCAGCCCAAGAAGGACCGUGAGCAGUUCCGCAGUGCUCUUCUCAGCAUUAUUAUGCAGCGUGAAAAGGGCACUGAUGCACCCUUCAGAGAAGACAGCUCCACAUCCAUUUCUGGUUCACCUACUGCUGCAGAGAAGGACAUUUUGAGGUAUUACUACUAUAUCCGGCAUGGAAUAGGCACAGAAGAUGUGGCAGUCAUGGAGGACUCCUGGAUGGAGAAUGUUCUUGCUUUAGUCCCAGAGCAGCUGAAGAGUUUAAGCGGAACCAUUCAGGCUCUUUCAGAUGAGAUAAGAGAUGACUACCUGCUCAGUGUCAAAAAAGCCAUUGUGGAUUUUGCACUGCAGGACCCCAGAGAGAAUCAAGAAGACAAAGCCAGAGAUCUUCCCCCCCACAGACAGGAAAUGGAAAUGGUUCCAAAGCCUUGGAACAAAUCAUUUCUUCAGGCUAAAAAAAGAAUGAGAAACCAGCUUCACUCAAUCAAUCCCACCAUGCUCUCAGUAAUGGAUCUGUGGCAAGUGUCUUUCAAUAAGUUACGUCUUAUUGCUGUAGAGGACUUUCAAAAUGAGAUGGAGUCUGUGGAGUUGUCUGCCUUUCAGCUGUUAGUUAAAAAAAACAUUGAAUCUGCCAAAGACCUCCUUCUCAAAAAGUGGAUACUUAAAGUGCAGGAAAUCUAUUACCUUGGUAACAAGCAUAAACUGGUCCCCAGCACCACUAAUGCCACUCGGCUCCAGUCCUUCUACAACUGUGUAUCCACACUCAUGACUUCCCAGCUUCAAAGCCUGGCUCUAAAGUCUAUUCAGGACUACACAAAGCUCAUCGCCCAGGACCCUCAUUCGGUGCGAGCCUAUGAACAUCCUGGGUUUGUCCUAAGGCUGCUGCUGGAUCAAAAUACUAUCAAAUUUGAGCCUGAUUUCAUAGAUUUUGAAGUCACCCUGCUAAAUGUCUAUGACAUGAUGUUGAAAUCCAUAAGUCUGAUUCCUCGUGUGGAGACGAAGCUGUACUUGAAAUGGCCAGGCACAGAAACACACAGUACCCUGAAACCCAUCAUACUGCCAGAGAUUCUGGAGGCAGAGCAGCAGAAGGUCAGACAGGUAAUUCACUCAGAAAGUGCUGGACCAUUGGAACAUGUCCGUGUCUAUGAUAAGUAUGCCCCACUGGUGUCCCAGCAAGCUGAGGAGGAUGUUUCCCAGUUCCUGCUGGAGCAGCACUCUUUUCAGGAGCUCAUGAUGGAGGUGACCCGCUACCAACAGUUGGUUGAUGAGAUCCAGCACAGUACCCUCAAGGUGGUGCGUUUGGGUAUGUAUGAAGUGCACUCCCAUGAGCUGGUCCGUACCCUUGUAAAGCGAGCAGAGGGUCUCCUGGAGAAACUAGUCACUCACAUGUUGCAAGGUCACCAAGAGUUAAAUAAGAAGUUGUGUGAGGAAUAUGAUACAAUAUCAAAGAAAGCCCUCAGCACUCCUUCAAACACACAGGAACUUAUGGAGCUUAAGGAAUUAAUGGUAAAGGUGGAGGCAGAGGAAAUGCCUCAGCUGGAAAUAAAGCUCCAGGAGUCCAAGAGCAGGUUGUGUUUCUUGGUGGAUUAUGUCACAUUCUCCAUUAGAGACAUGCAGUUGAAUAGCGAUACCUUCCAGCGUCAUGCAUGCAUGCCAUCCAUCUUUGAUCAGCACCGGCAGAUCAUUAAUGAGAAAACCGCACAAUUCCAGGAUGGCCUCAAGUUGAGGUGUGAGAGAAUUGUGGAGGAUUUAGAGUGCUACUCAAAGCAAGCAGAGGAGUUUGUGUCCUUUGGUGAACUUUCUGAGCUCGCCAAGUACCUGAAAAAAGCCCAGACCCUCAAUUCCAAACUAGACCUGGUUAUGGACAAGAUCAGUGGCUUUAAUCAGGAGGAGGAGGCCUUUGGUUGGCCCGUCUCUCAGUACCCUCAGCGCAAGGCGGUUCAAGACCGCCUGCUCCCAUACCUGCGCUUGUAUGAGACAGCAUCUGAGUUUCAGGUCCAGCACAGGGAUUGGUUGCACGGGCCGCUCACAGAUGUCAGCCCAGAUAAAUUGGAAGCGGAUGUGGGUAACUAUAUCCGAUCCCUGUACAAGCUUGAGAAAAGCUUCCAGGACAUUCCCAAAGCUCUCCACAUCGCAACCUGUGUGAAAACUGAAGUGGAGGCCUUUAAGGAGCACAUUCCUCUAGUGCAGGUGCUAUGUAACCCUGGGCUCCGUGAACGGCAUUGGGAGGCCAUGUCUGCAGUUGUUGGCUUCCCCCUCAAGCCCUCAGAUCAGGAUGCCUGUGUGGCUCAGUUUCUUCCCCUGCAUCUGGAAGCUCACCUCUCUACUUUUGAAACCAUCAGUGAAGCGGCCAGUAAGGAACACUUCCUUGAGAAGGCCAUGGAGCGUAUGGCCACUGACUGGGCAGAGAUGGAGUUCACCCUCCUGCCUUAUCGUGAAACCGGGACCUCCAUUCUGUCCUCAUUGGAUGAGAUCCAGAUGCUGCUUGACGACCACAUUGUGAAGACCCAGACAAUGAGAGGCUCACCCUUCAGCAAGCCAUUUGAAGCUGAGAUAAGGGACUGGGAGGGUAAGCUGCUUUUGCUGCAGGAAAUUCUGGAUGAGUGGUUGAAGGUUCAGGGUACCUGGCUCUACCUUGAGCCUAUCUUUAGUUCCCCAGACAUCAUGGCCCAGAUGCCCGAGGAGGGACGUCGCUUUACUGCCGUGGACAAAACCUGGAGAGACACUAUGAAACUAGUCAGCUUGGAUAAGCAUGUCCUGGCAGUGGUGGCCAUUGAAAAGAUGCUAGACAAGAUGAAAAACAGCAACGACUUGCUGGAACUCAUUCUGAAAGGUCUGAACGAAUACCUGGAGAAGAAAAGACUCUAUUUCCCCCGCUUCUUCUUCUUGUCCAAUGAUGAGCUGCUAGAGAUCCUCUCCGAGACUAAAGAUCCAACAAGGGUACAACCCCACUUCAAGAAGUGCUUUGAGGGUAUUGCUAGCGUAGUGUUCACUGAUGUGUUGGACAUCACUCAUAUGAAGAGCAGUGAAGGAGAGGUGGUGGAGUUGCUGGAUAUCAUCUCUACUUCUAAAGCUCGAGGGCAGGUGGAAAAAUGGCUCCUGGAGCUGGAGAAUGGAAUGCUCCUCUCCAUACACAAGGUGGUAGGAGAGGCAUUUGAAGCAUAUCCCAAAGACCCGAGGAUCAACUGGGUCAGGGCCUGGCCGGGUCAGACAGUACUCUGUGUCUCACAGGUUUAUUGGACAAAGGACAUUCAUGAAGCCAUUGCAAAGGGACCAAAGGCUCUGCAGGCCUAUCUGGAUCAGAACAAUACUCAGAUAGAUGACAUUGUGGCCCUGGUGCGUGGUAAGCUGUCUAAACAGAACCGAGUGACACUGGGAGCACUGGUAGUGCUUGACGUUCACGGCCGAGAUGUGAUGGCUUCUUUGGUCCAGAAAGGUGUGGAUGAUGACACCAACUUCGAGUGGCUCAGUCAGCUGCGCUACUACUGGAUUGAAAACCAGCUUCAGACAAAAAUGAUUAAUGCAGGCUUAGCUUAUGGCUAUGAGUAUCUUGGAAACACCCCACGACUGGUCAUCACCCCACUCACUGAUCGCUGUUAUAGAACUUUGUUUGGAGCUCUACAUUUACACUUGGGUGGUGCCCCGGAGGGCCCUGCAGGUACCGGUAAGACCGAAACUACCAAAGAUCUGGCCAAAGCUGUAGCUAAGCAGUGUGUGGUAUUUAACUGCUCGGAUGGCCUGGACUACAUUGCGCUGGGCAAGUUUUUUAAGGGCUUGCUGUCGGCUGGUGCCUGGGCCUGCUUUGACGAGUUCAACCGCAUUGAUCUGGAAGUACUUUCAGUGGUGGCUCAGCAAAUUUUAACCAUCCAGAGAGGUAUUUCUGCCCAUGUUGAGAUGCUGCUGUUUGAGGGAACAGAGCUGAAACUGAACCCUACCUGUGCUGUCUUUAUCACCAUGAACCCUGGCUAUGCGGGGCGCUCUGAACUACCUGACAACCUGAAGGCUCUGUUUCGAACAGUAGCCAUGAUGGUGCCAGACUAUGCUCUGAUAGCUGAGAUUGUGCUGUACUCCUGUGGAUUUGUCAGAGCACGACCUCUCUCAGUGAAAAUUGUAGCUACGUAUAGGCUGUGCUCUGAGCAGCUCUCGUCCCAGCACCACUAUGAUUAUGGCAUGAGGGCUGUCAAAUCUGUUCUCACUGCCGCAGGGAACCUGAAGCUGAGGUUUCCAGAAGAGAAUGAGGAUAUUCUUUUGCUGAGAUCUAUUAUUGAUGUUAACCUUCCAAAAUUUCUGUCUCAUGAUCUCCCUUUAUUUGAGGGCAUCACCUCUGAUCUAUUCCCUGGGAUCAAGCUACCAAAACCAGACUACAGUGUGCUGCUUGACGCUAUUAAGGAAAACAGUGCUAUUAUGAACCUGCAGGUCACUGAUUUCUUUGCGGAGAAGAUCCUACAGAUCUAUGAAAUGAUGAUUGUGCGCCAUGGCUUCAUGAUGGUGGGAGAUCCCUUUGGUGGAAAGACUUCUGCCUACCGUGUGCUUGCCGCAGCCCUGCAAGACAUCUGUCAAAAGGGACUGAUGGAUGAGAAGAGGGUUCAGAUAACUGUGAUCAACCCAAAGUCUAUCACCAUGGGCCAGCUGUAUGGCCAGUUUGAUCCUGUGUCCCAUGAGUGGUCAGAUGGCAUCCUGGCUGUCAGCUAUAGGGCAUUUGCCACUUCCCAGAGUCCUGACAGAAAGUGGCUUAUCUUUGAUGGGCCAGUGGACGCAGUGUGGAUUGAGAACAUGAACACUGUACUAGACGACAACAAGAAGCUUUGUCUCAUGAGUGGGGAGAUCAUCCAGAUGUCCCCACAGAUGAGUCUCAUCUUUGAACCCAUGGACCUGGAGGUGGCUUCACCAGCUACGGUAUCUCGGUGUGGUAUGAUCUACAUGGAGCCUCACAUGCUGGGAUGGAGGCCAAUGCUGUUGUCCUGGCUCAACACUUUGCCGUCCACUCUGAGCUCCAUGCACAAAGAUUUUAUCACUGGCAUCUUUGACCGCAUGCUACCUGCAUGUCUGCAACUUAUUCGCAAAGGCACUAAGGAGUUAUCUCCCACAUCCAACACAAGCCUGGUGAAGUCUCUGAUGAAUCUGAUGGACUGCAUGAUGGAUGAGUUCAGAGAGGAGAGCCAGAUGAAGGGGAUGGAUGAGAGAGACAUCUGUUCCUGGCUGGAAGGUAUCUUUGUUUUCUGCCUCAUGUGGUCAGUUGGGGCGAGCUGUACUGAGGCCGGGCGGGUAAAGUUUGAUGGUUUGGUGAGAGAGAUGCUGGCAGGUGGUCUCAGUGAAGAGACACGCACACACCAUGGAAUCCUAGAACAUGUGGAGCCCCCCACCAAGCAGCUGACAGUGCCGUUACCCACUGAGGGCACCCUCUACGAAUACCGCUUCCUCAAAGAGGGUCCAGGCAGGUGGGAGCUGUGGACUGAGGAGUUGAAGGCUGUGCCCCCCAUCCCCAAAGAUGUGCAGUUCAAUCAAAUAAUUGUGCCCACGGAGAACACAAUACGCUACACUGCUCUCAUGGAGCUGCUCAUCACUCAUCAGAAGCCCACUGUCUUUGUUGGCCCCACAGGGACUGGCAAGAGUGUUUACAUUCUAGACUUUUUGCUGAAUCAUCUGAAGAAAGAUGUGUACAGUCCUCUGUUAAUCAACUUUUCAGCCCAAACGACUGCAGCGCAGACCCAAAACAUCAUUAUGUCUAAACUCGACAAGAGACGGAAAGGAGUGUUUGGCCCUCCCCUAGGAAAGAAAAUGGUGGUGUUUGUUGAUGAUGUAAACAUGCCAGCAAAAGAAACGUAUGGAGCCCAGCCUCCAGUGGAGCUCCUGCGGCAGUGGUUGGACCACUGGAAUUGGUAUGACUUGAAGGAUUGCUCCAUGAUCAACUUAAUGGACAUCCAGAUCAUGUGUGCCAUGGGUCCUCCUGGUGGUGGUAGGAACCCCGUGACUCCUCGCUUUUUACGUCAUUUCAACACAGUGACCAUUAAUGAUUUUGAUGACAAAACCAUGUUCACCAUAUUCUCAAGAAUUCUGGACUGGCACUUAAUCAUAAGAUUUCCAUUUCCCAAACCAUUUGCCAGCAUCACCUCCCAGAUCGUCAAUGCCACUAUGACUGUGUAUCAGGAAGCCACCAAGAAUCUCCUGCCAACCCCAGCAAAAUCCCACUACCUCUUCAACCUGCGAGAUUUCUCCCGUGUCAUCCAGGGGAUCUGCCUGUCACGGCCAGAGACUGCAGAUGACCCUACAGCGAUCAAACGCCUAUGGGUGCAUGAGGUCCUAAGGGUGUAUUAUGAUCGUUUAGUUCACCCGACUGAUUGUGCGUGGAUGGUGGGCUUCCUGCAAGAGGUUUCCAAGUCUCAUCUUAAAGAAGACUUCCAUCAGCUCUUCAAGCAUCUGGACAGUGAUUCAGAUGGGAGAGUAACCGAAGAUGACCUUCGGAGCCUCAUGUUCUGUGAUUUUCACGACUCUAAGGGUGAUGACCGCAAUUACCGCGAGGUGGGUGACCCCGAGAAACUUCGUCAGGUGGUGGAGGCCCAUCUUGAAGAGUACAACAACAUCAGCAAGGCUCCCAUGAAUCUUGUCCUUUUCCGAUUUGCCAUUGAACAUGUCUGUCGCAUUUCCCGCAUUCUCAAACAGCCUUGCGGUCAUGCUCUCUUAGUGGGAGUUGGAGGGAGUGGCCGUCAGUCGCUGACCCGAUUGGCUGCCCACAUGGCUGAAGCUGAACUCUUCCAGGUGGAGAUCUCCAAGAGUUAUGGAGUAACAGAGUGGCGGGAUGACCUUAAACUCAUUAUGCAAAAGUCCACAUCUGGUGACACGCAUGGGGUCUUUCUUUUCACUGACACUCAGAUUAAACUGGAGUCAUUUUUGGAAGAUGUGAGUAACUUGUUAAAUACAGGUGAGGUUCCCAAUGUCUUUGCUGUAGAUGAGAAACAGGAAAUUUGUGAACGUAUGCGCGUCUUGGACCGUCAACGUGACCGUGAUAAGCAGACAGAUGGUAGCCCGCUGGCCCUCUUUAACAUGUUUUUGGAGCGCUGUCGCAGCCAGUUGCAUGUGGUACUGGCCAUGAGUCCUAUUGGUGACACCUUCAGAAGCCGCCUGAGACGCUUUCCUGCUCUCAUUAACUGCUGCACAAUUGACUGGUUUCAGAGCUGGCCAGAAGAUGCACUGCAGGCUGUGGCAACUCGUUUUCUGGAGGAUGUUGAAAUGACAGACAGCACUCGCGAUGGCUGCAUCAACAUGUGCAAGAGCUUUCACACCUCCACCAUUAAUCUUUCUGCACAAUUCCUCUCUGAGCUUCAACGCUACAACUAUGUCACACCAACCUCCUACUUGGAGCUUAUCUCCAUGUUCAAACACCUGCUGCAGCACAGAAGAGAUGAGGUCAUGAAGCUGAAGAGUCGUUAUGAGGUCGGUCUCCAAAAGCUGGAAUCGGCCGCAACUCAGGUAUCCACAAUGCAGUUGGAGCUGGAAGCCCUUCAGCCUCAGCUGGUUGUGGCCAGUAAAAAAGUGGAUGAGAUGAUGAUAGUCAUUCAGCAUGAGUCUGUGGAGGUGACCAAGACCGAGAAGGUGGUUCGUGUGGAUGAAGCAGUGGCCAACGAGCAGGCAAUGGCUGCCAAGGCCAUCAAAGAUGAAUGUGAUGCAGAUCUGGCUGUUGCUUUGCCCAUUCUGCAAACUGCAAUGGCUGCAUUGGACACACUCACCACACAGGAUAUAACUUUGGUUAAAUCCAUGAAGAAUCCUCCAGCUGGUGUCAAGCUGGUUAUGGAAGCCAUCUGCAUCCUGAAAGGCUUAAAACCAGACCGUGUCCCAGACCCUUCGGGCUCCGGAAAGAAAGUGGAGGACUUCUGGGGCCCAACAAAGAAACUGCUUGGAGACAUGAAGUUCCUCCAGAGCCUUCACGAAUACAACAAGGACAAUAUCCCAGCCAGCUACAUGAGCGUCAUCCGCAACAAAUACAUCACCAACCCAGACUUUGUGCCGGAGAAGAUCCGUACGGCCUCCACUGCUGCAGAGGGGCUCUGUAAAUGGGUUUGUGCUAUGGACUCCUAUGAUAAGGUAGCAAAGGUAGUCGCUCCUAAGAAAGAGAAGCUGGUGCAGGCAGAGGAGGAACUGAAGGUGGCAAUGGAAGGCCUCCAGAAGAAACAGGCUGCUUUGAAGGAAGUUCAGGACAAACUGGCCAUACUACAGGAGACCCUGGAAGCCAAUAAGAAAAAAAAGGCUGACCUUGAGAAUCAGGUCAAGUUGUGCCGUAAAAAGUUAGAGCGUGCAGAGCAGCUCAUUGGUGGGUUAGGAGGAGAGAAGACCCGCUGGAGUGAGACAGCCUUUAACUUGGGUGAACUCUAUAACAACCUGACAGGAGACAUUCUCAUCUCUGCUGCUAUAGUAGCCUACCUGGGUGCCUUUACCUCAAGCUACAGACAGCAAGCUACAGAAGAAUGGAUUGACAUGUGUAAGACAAAAGGGAUUCCCUGCUCCAAGAACAUGUCUCUGAUGAACUCACUGGGUGAGCCAGUAAAAAUUCGCAGCUGGACCAUUGCUGGCCUCCCAUCAGACAGCUUCUCAAUUGACAACGCAAUCAUCAUCUCUAAUGCGAGGAGGUGGCCCUUGAUGAUUGAUCCUCAGGGUCAGGCCAACAAGUGGCUUAAGAACAUGGAGAAAUCCAACAGUCUCCACGUCAUCAAGCUGACUGACGCUGACUUUGUGCGCACAUUGGAAAACUGCAUUCAGUUUGGCACUCCAGUGUUGUUGGAGAAUGUUGGUGAAGAGCUGGAUCCAAUACUUGAACCCCUGCUGCUGAAGCAGACUUUUAAACAGGGCGGCAGUAUAUGUAUUCGGCUGGGCGACGCCACUAUUGACUAUGCUCCAGAUUUCCGGUUUUACAUCACAACCAAGCUACGAAAUCCACAUUAUCUGCCUGAAGUCUCAGUCAAGGUCACUCUUCUGAACUUUAUGAUAACCCCAGAGGGGAUGCAAGAUCAGCUGCUGGGCAUUGUGGUGGCCAGAGAGAGACCUGACCUUGAGGAGGAGAAGCAAGCCCUGAUCUUACAAGGGGCUGAGAACAAGAGACAGCUAAAAGAAAUAGAGGAUAAAAUCCUAGAAGUGCUCUCUGCCUCAGAGGGAAACAUUUUAGAAGAUGAAACUGCUGUUGAGAUCCUCUCAUCGUCUAAGGUUCUAGCCAAUGAGAUCUCAGAAAAACAGGCCAUUGCUGAGGUUACUGAGCAGAAGAUUGAUCAGACACGGUUGGGAUACACCCCCAUCGCCAUCCAUUCUGCCAUUUUGUUUUUCUCCAUCGCUGACCUGGCCAACAUAGAGCCUAUGUACCAGUACUCUUUAACCUGGUUCAUCAAUCUCUUCAUUAUGUCCAUCGACAAUUCCCAAAAGAGUGACUUUCUUGAUCAAAGACUGCAUAUUUUGAAGGACCAUUUCACAUACUCCCUUUACAUCAACAUUUGUCGCUCUCUCUUUGAGAAGGACAAACUACUCUUCUCCUUCUGCCUCAAUGUCAACCUGCUCAAACACAACAAACUUGUGGAUGAGAAGCAAUGGCGUUUUCUCCUCACAGGUGGAGUAGGUCUGGAUAACCCUCAUUCAAAUCCUUGUGCCUGGUUGCCAAAAAAAUCCUGGGACGAGAUCUGUCGAUUGGACGAGAUAGAGUGCUUUAAAGGCCUGCGGAAAGACCUGGCCCGUCUCCGGGAGGGCUGGAAAGAGGUCUAUGAUAGCAAGGACCCUCAUCAUACUCCUUUCCCUUCAGAGUGGCAGGAGAAACUAGGACAGUUCCAAAGGAUGCUGGUUAUAAGAUGCUUACGGCCAGAUAAGGUUGUUCCCAUGGUACAAGAGUUUGUGUCAAACAACAUGGGGCAGCAGUUUAUUGAGGUGCCACCCUUUAAUCUGGCCGCAGCAUUUGCGGACAGUCACUGCUGCGCUGCGCUCAUUUUUAUCUUGUCCCCAGGAUCAGACCCCAUGGCAGCGCUGCUCAAGUUUGGCGAGGAGCAGGGCUUCACAGGAAACAGGCUUAGCUCUCUGUCUCUGGGCCAGGGUCAGGGCCCUAUUGCCAUGAACAUGAUUGAGAUUGGUGUGAAGGAGGGAACCUGGGUGGUUCUACAAAAUUGCCACCUGGCCACCUCUUGGAUGUCCACCCUUGAGCGUGUCUGUGAGGAGCUGAACCCAGAUACCACUCACCCAGACUUCCGUUUGUGGCUGACUAGUUACCCCUCGCCCAACUUUCCUGUGGCUGUACUGCAAAACGGAGUCAAAAUGACCAAUGAAGCCCCCAAGGGGCUGCGCUCCAACAUCAUCCGCUCCUUCAACAUGGACCCCAUAUCCGACCCUGAGUUCUUUGAAAGCAGCUCAAAGCCGGCUGUCUUUAAGAAGCUGUUGUUUAGCCUGUGCUUCUUCCAUGCGUUGGCCCAGGAGAGGAGGAAAUUUGGCCCUCUUGGGUGGAACAUCCCAUAUGAGUUCAAUGAGACAGACCUGCGCAUCUCUGUCCAGCAGCUACACAUGUUCUUGGACCAGUAUGAGGAGAUUCCAUUUGAUGCUCUUCGCUAUAUGACAGGAGAGUGUAACUAUGGAGGUCGAGUCACAGACGACUGGGAUCGCAGAACAUUGGGCACAAUCCUUUCCAUCUUCUACACACCCGAGAUCAUUGACCUCGAUUACAAAUUUGACCCCAGUGGCCUGUACUACUCACCAUCUGAAGGAGAUUAUCACAGCUACGUUGAGUACACCAAGACACUUCCUCUAAUUCCCUCACCUGAAGUCUUUGGCAUGAAUGCCAAUGCUGAUAUUACUAAGGACCAAGUGGAAACCCAGCUGCUCUUUGACAGCAUUCUUCUCACUGAGUCCCGCUCUUCAGGUGGUAGUGCCACGUCCUCGGAUGACAUGGUGUACGAGGUGGCUGCAGAUAUUCUUAAUAAACUUCCUCAAGACUUCGACAUAGAUGCUUCCAUGCGCAAGUUCCCAACUAGCUACAACCAAAGCAUGAACACAGUGCUGGUGCAAGAGAUGGGACGAUUCAACAAACUCCUGCAGACCAUCCGGGAUUCUUGUGCCAACAUCCAAAAGGCCAUCAAGGGUCUGGUGGUUAUGUCUUCUGAGCUUGAGGAGGUAGUAAGCAGUAUUUUGAAGGGUCGCAUCCCUGCCAUGUGGAUGAAGAAGUCGUAUCCCAGCCUCAAACCACUGGGAAGCUACAUUAAUGACUUUCUAGACAGACUCAAGUUUUUACAUGAUUGGUACAUGGAUGGCAUUCCUGCAGUGUUCUGGGUUUCAGGUUUCUUCUUCACUCAGGCCUUCCUCACUGGAAGUCAGCAGAAUUACGCCCGAAAAUACACCAUUCCCAUUGACCUGCUCAGCUUCGACUUUGAAGUCAUGGACGACAAGGAGUACACAAUCUCCCCAGAGGAUGGCGUUUACAUCCGUGGCCUUUACUUGGAUGGUGCCCGCUGGGAUCGGAGGACAAAACGACUGGCCGAAUCUUUCCCCAAAAUCCUGCAUGACACCAUGCCUGCGAUUUGGCUGAAACCCAUGAAGAAGCAGGACAUUCCCGAUCGGAUGUGCUACGUGUCUCCUGUAUACAAGACCAGCGAGAGACGAGGAACUCUUUCUACUACAGGUCACUCCACCAACUAUGUCAUUGCUAUGGCGCUAAAUUCAGAUGUGCCCCCAGAGCACUGGAUCCGUCGUGGGGUGGCCUUACUGUGUCAGCUUAACUCAUAGAUAUGCUGCUCCGCAUCUAGUGUCCUUUCAACCCUCAGUGAGGUACACUAUAUGUGGCAGUCUAUUAUUUU